AUGAGCGAAAUGGAAUACUAUAUUGGGUUUGAUGUCGGUACUGGAUCCGGCCGAGCUUGUCUCGUUGACAAGGAUGGAAAACUUCUUGCUGAGCAUUCCGAGGCUACGUUGACUCAUCGAUCACCUACCGAUCACAGAAUAUUUGAACAGUCCACCUCUAAUAUCUGGUCAUCAUUGUCCAAAUGUUGUAAAAAAAUCUUAUCUGAAUCAGGCAUUGAUCCUAAACAAGUAAAAGGAAUUGGAUUUGAUGCGACUUGUUCUUUAGCUGUAGUCAAUAGACAAGGUACUCCAGUAUCUGUUUCUAGGACAGGCGAAAGUGAAACAGAUGAAAAAGAUGGUAAUUUAGGUAAAGAAGGUGGUGAAUGGAAUGUCGUUUUAUGGGCAGAUCAUAGGGCUGAAGAAGAAGCUGAAAAAAUCAAUUCUACCGGUGAAGGUGUAUUGGGUUUCGUAGGUAAAACUAUGAGUCUUGAAAUGGAAGUUCCUAAAACACUUUGGUUAUCAAAACAUAUGGCUGAAGAUAAAUUCAAGAAUUGCAUGUUUUUCGACUUGCCUGAUUGGCUCACAUAUAACGCUACUGCUUCCCCUGCUCGAUCAGCUUGUUCAUUGACUUGUAAAUUCUCUUUCGUACCUCCUGGAGCUAAGAUGGUACAUGAAUGUGAUGGAGGACAAGAAGAAAUCAGUAAAGAUGGAUGGUCAUCUAGAUUUUUCAAUAAAAUCGGCCUUGAUCAAAUGGUAAAGGAUGAUUUUGAUCAACUUGGUGGUAUUCCCGGUAAAAACGGCUUGGUCUUGAGUGCUGGUCAGCCGGUCGGUAAAGGUCUCAGUAAAGCAGCUGCGGAAUCUUUGGGUCUAGUAGAAGGAACAGCGGUUGGAAGUGGUGUAAUUGAUGCGUAUGCAGGCUGGAUUGGCACUGUAGCAGCUGCAGCGGGUGAAGGUCAAGAUAAACCAACUCUGGAUGAUGCAAGUUCUAGAUUAGCAGCUAUUGCAGGUACCAGUACUUGUCAUAUCGCUCAAAGUAAGGAAGGUAUCUUGUGGGGACCAUAUCGAGAUGCUGUCUUCCCCGGUUUAUGGAUGAAUGAAGGUGGUCAAUCUUCCACCGGUCAACUCAUCGAUUUCAUGAUGCAAACUCAUCCUGCCUACCCCAAACUUGUCGAACUGUCCAAGAAAUCUGGAAAGAGUACAUUUGAACUUCUCGGAGAUAGAUUAGAUGAGAUGAUGAAAGAGAAAGGCGUUCCUACCUUGACUCAUUUAACUAAGGAUUUACAUUUCUAUCCUGACUUGCCCACAGUUCUCAAGCCUAAUGGUUCUCAUGGGACUGUGCUCACCCAACUUAUAGGAAAUCGAUCACCCCUUGCCGAUCCUAGAAUGAAAGGCUCAAUAGUCGGACUCACCCUCGAUGAUAGCUUGAACGACUUAGCUGCGAAAUUCAAUGUCACUCUUGAGGCAAUCGCACUCCAAACUCGUCAUAUCGUAGAUGAGAUGAAUGCUAAAGGACAUAAGAUUGAUUCUAUCUACAUGAGUGGAUCUCAAGCUAAAAACGGACCAUUAAUGAGAUUAUUAUCAACCGUGCUCUCGAUGCCAAUUAUCAUUCCACCUCAACCUUCUGCGGCGGUAGUUCUGGGUGCGGCAAUGCUAGGUAAAUAUGCAUAUGACAUUACGACUCAAAGACAAGGUAAAACAUUGACCACCCAAGAUGAAGCUGAGAAUGCAUCCAAGGAAAAUGGAAAUAAGUUAUGGGACGUGAUGGUUUCAAUGACUCAUCCGGGUAAAAGGAUAGAUCCAAGGAAUGAUCAAUUUGGUGAAAGAGAAAAAUCACUUUUGGAUGUUAAAUAUAAGAUAUUUAGAGAAGCCGUUGAAAUCCAAAAGAGAUGGAGGGAAAUGAUUGCUAAAGCUGUGUAA